GGGGUGGAGUCUGGGGGCGUCGCUGGCCCCCCCCUCUUUGACCCUGGAGCCGUCCCCGUCCUCCCCGCAGCAGGACCCCCGCUGGACUCCGCUGGAGGACAUGGAGGUGUUUUCUCCGGACGACGACGCUGCAGACGGCCAGAGGAAGAGCACCGCACCCCCGCCGCCGCCAGGACCCCCGCUCAGCCCCAAAGGGUCUUCGGGCCGCCGCUCCUCGGCGUCGAUGCUUCACCGUCUCCUCACGCUGCCGUCUCAGCUGCUGGAGGAGGACGAGGACGCCGCCGCCGCUGCCGCCAACGAGACGCUCGCCGCGCUGGCCAUCGAAGGCGUCGCCGACCGGCAAGACAGCGUGGAGCCACCGGCCGGUCGCCCUGGCCUCUCGCCCCCGGCAACCAGGGAGGAGGAAGAGGAGGAGGAAGAAGAGGACGAGGACAAAGGGAGGAAGAAGAAGAGGCGGAGGGUUUGGUCCGAGUGUGAGGAAUGCGGGCGCCGGUUCAGCCGGAUGUCUCUCCUGAAAGCUCACCGUCAGACUCACGUCGCCGAUAACGCCGGCGCCGCCGACACAUCGUCUCCUUCGUCCCCGCCCGGAGGCGGCGGAGCCUCGGCGCUACGCUGCUCGCACUGCGGGAAGAGGUUCUCCUCGAUGACGCGUCUCCACAGCCACGUCCGGACCCAGCACCCCGGGAACAGGACCUGAGGACAGUCCAAAAUUUCCCGACUGGAAAAGGAAAGGGGAUCAACGGAGAGUCCGACAAACAAGCCCAACAAAAACCAGACAGAGUCCACAGAGCAGGAACCGAAAACAUAACACGGAAACAAAAAAGUCCGGAAAUCGCCACAAAAUCAACAUACUGCACAUACUUUCAGUUAGAGGGCAACUAUCACCAAACCCACCAGACUCCACGUAAAUAAUCAGGACUUUUAGCAUCGUAAAACACACUUCAUUCAAAGUGGA